GACCUCAAAGUAGACAUGAGCCAAGAACAAGUUACUCCUAGGCUGUGGACCAUUCACCGAGAUGGAGAAGUCCUUAUGAGGCUAUCAAAACAUGGGCCAGGCCACGAGAGCCCCAUGACCAUCCCUGAAUUUUUUCGGGAGUCAGUCAACCGAUUUGGGUCUUAUCCAGCCCUAGCAUCAAAGAAGAAUGGGAAGUGGGAAGUUCUGAACUACAGCCAGUACUACGGGGCUUGUCGGAAGACCGCGAGAGCCAUGCUCCAGCUGGGCCUGGAGCCGUUCCACUCAGUUGGCAUCCUCGGGUUUAACUCCAUCGAGUGGGUCCUUGCAGCUCUUGGUGCCAUCUUCGCGGGGGGCUUCUGUGUUGGUAUUUAUGCCACCAACUUCGCGGACGCCUGUGAAUAUGUCAUCACUCAUGCCAAAGUGAACAUCCUGCUGGUGGAAAAUAACGCACAGUUGCAGAAAAUCCUUUCGAUUCCGAGCAACAAGAUGGAGACCCUAAAAGCGAUCGUUCAGUACAAGCCGCCCGUGGACGACAGCAAAUGUGAAAACCUGUACUCUUGGGAUGACUUUCUAGAACUUGGCAGUAGCAUUCCCGAUGCCCAACUGGACCAGAUCAUAAAAAGCCAGAAGGUCAAUCAGUGUGCCGUGAUCAUCUAUACUUCUGGGACCACAGGCCAACCCAAGGGGGUGAUGCUCAGCCAUGACAAUAUCACGUGGACAGCGGGGUCGGUGGCAAGGGAAUGCAACCUGGCUUAUGCCUCCGAAAAGCAGGAGGUGGUGGUCAGCUACCUUCCUCUCAGCCACAUCGCAGCUCAGAUGAUGGAUGUCUGGGUGCCCAUUAAGGUCGGGGCUUUCAUCUACUUUGCUGAACCAGACGCUCUCAAGGGCACCUUGGUCAACACCUUGCAAGAGGUAAAGCCUACUGCCUUCCUGGGGGUACCCCGAAUUUGGGAAAAGAUGCACGAGAAGAUAAAGGAGGCUGUUGGCAAGUCUUCAAGCUUGAGGAAAAAGGUGUUUUUGUGGGCAAGGAAUAUUGGCUUAAAGGUCAACUUGAAAAGGAUGCUAGGGGAACAUGACCCUCCCAUGAGCUACCGCAUGGCAAAGGCACUCGUGUUCACCAAAAUCAAGAAUUCCCUUGGCCUGGAUCACUGCCGCAUUUUUAUCAGUGGGGCCGCACCCCUCAACCAGGAGACUUCUGAGUUCUUUUUAAGCCUGGACAUACCAAUAGGCGACGUGUACGGUAUGAGUGAAAGCUCAGGACCCCACUCCAUAUCCACCCUGGCAAACUACAAGUUUCUAAGUUCUGGCAAAGUUGUGACAGGGUGUAAGAACAUGCUGUACCAGCCGAGCAAGGAUGGCGUGGGGGAAGUCUGCCUCUGGGGCCGGCAUGUCUUCAUGGGUUACCUGGAGCAGGAGGACGCGACCAGGGAGGCCAUUGAUGAGGAGGGCUGGCUCCACUCUGGGGACCUAGGCCGCAUGGACAACCAGGGCUUCCUCUUUAUCACCGGCCGCAUCAAAGAAAUCAUCAUCACAGCCGGUGGUGAGAAUGUGGCCCCCGUUCCCAUCGAGAACCUGGUUAAGGAGACGAUCCCCAUCAUUAGUAAUGCCAUGUUGGUGGGCGACAAGGCCAAGUUCCUGAGCAUCCUCCUGACACUGAAGUGCGAGGUUGACAAAAUAACCGGAGAGCCACUGGACAUGCUGAACUGGGAGGCGAUCAAGUUCUGCCGGGAGGUGGGGAGCCAGGCGACCACGGUGUCGGAGAUCCUGGACCUGCGAGAUCCCAUGGUCUAUGCGGCCAUCCAGAAAGGCAUCAGUGCUGUCAACCAAAAAGCCAUCUCCAAUGCACAGAAGAUUCAGAAGUGGGUCAUCUUGGAGAAGGACUUUUCCAUCAGUGGCGGAGAGCUAGGUCCGACGACAAAGAUUAAACGACAUUUCAUCCUCCAGAAAUACAGAAGGCAGAUCUACAGCAUCUACCAGUGA